CGAUGUUGUGAUUGCUUACACAUGUGGCAGAAGGGAAGAUAAAGUAGAGCGUUAUUGUUAAAAAGUAUAACUAAAUAUGUAAAAUAAUAUUUACAUUUACGUGUGUCAACUAGACGUGAUCAGUUAUCAAUAAGAAACUAAAAGUGACAAACUAUCGGAAACUGUUGAGCAUUGCUCAAGUAAAUGAAUUUUUAAUUGCGUAUAAAGUAAAUAAAAAACGUGGUCAGUCACGCGGGAUUUUAAAAUAAAAUAGGUGGUUUUAAACAAAAUGAAAUACAUUUUGGUCACCGGAGGUGUUAUAAGUGGAGUUGGCAAGGGUGUCAUUGCGUCUUCUUUUGGGACACUCCUUAAGUCCUGCAACCUAGAUGUCACUUCUAUUAAAAUUGAUCCAUACAUUAAUAUCGACGCAGGCACAUUUUCGCCAUACGAGCAUGGUGAGGUCUAUGUACUUGAUGAUGGAGCGGAGGUCGACUUAGAUCUGGGUAAUUACGAGCGCUUCCUUGAUAUUACAUUGCACCGGGACAAUAACAUAACAACGGGCAAAAUUUACAAGCUGGUCAUCGAGAAGGAGCGUAAAGGAGACUACCUGGGCAAGACAGUACAGGUUGUACCGCAUAUCACAGAUGCCAUACAAGAGUGGGUGGAGAAAAUCGCCCAAAGACCUGUUCAGGGUUCUUCCAAGCCGCGGGUGUGUAUCGUCGAGCUUGGCGGCACUAUUGGUGACAUUGAGGGCAUGCCCUUCGUUGAGGCCUUUAGACAAUUUCAGUUUCGCGUAAAACGCGAAAAUUUUUGCUUAGCUCACGUUUCGUUGGUGCCGUUGCCCAAAGCCACCGGCGAGCCUAAGACAAAGCCCACACAGAGUUCUGUGAGGGAGCUUCGAGGAUGCGGCUUAAGCCCGGAUUUGAUUGUAUGUCGUUCUGAAAAGCCGAUCGGGCUAGAAGUAAAGGAGAAGAUUAGUAAUUUCUGCCAUGUUGAUCCGGAUCAAGUCAUUUGUAUACAUGACCUGAACUCCAUAUACCAUGUGCCAAUCUUGAUGGAACAGAAUGGCGUCAUCGAGUUCUUAAAUGAGCGACUUAAACUGAACAUCGACAUGAGUAAGCGGGCCAAAUGCUUGCAACAUUGGAGGGAUCUAGCACGACGCACUGAAACUGUUCGUCGUGAGGUCAACAUAGCUAUUGUAGGAAAGUAUACCAAGUUUGCGGACUCGUAUGCAUCCGUGGUAAAGGCGGUCCAACAUGCUGCAUUAGCAGUGAAUCGCAAAGCAAAUUUGGUUUUUAUUGAAUCAUGCUUACUGGAGCAGGAAACUCUGCAAAGGGAGCCUUCCAAAUAUCACAAAGAGUGGCAAAAGUUGUGCGAAAGCAACGGCAUACUCGUGCCUGGUGGCUUUGGAGCACGCGGCAUGGAGGGCAAAAUACGCGCGUGCCAAUGGGCACGCGAAAAUAAAAGACCGUUUUUAGGAAUUUGUCUGGGUUUGCAAGCGGCUGUUAUAGAGUUUGCUCGAAACGUUGUAAACCUUAAAGAUGCUAAUAGUACUGAGAUAAAUCCAGAUACGGAACAUCCUUUGGUCAUCGAUAUGCCGGAGCAUCAUAUAGGACAAAUGGGUGGCACUAUGCGCUUAGGCAAGCGAACAACAAUAUUUGCCGAUAAGCCGAGCACGAUUCGACAGCUAUAUGGUAAUCCUGAGACAGUGGACGAGCGACACAGACAUCGAUACGAAGUGAAUCCUCAGUAUGUAUCGCAAUUAGAAAGCCAUGGCAUGAACUUCGUGGGCACAGACGUGGAUAAGAAACGAAUGGAGAUUAUCGAGUUGCGGUGUCAUCCCUACUUUGUGGCUACCCAAUACCAUCCGGAAUAUUUGUCGAGGCCACUAAAGCCCUCACCUCCGUUCCUUGGUCUAAUUUUAGCAGCAGAAGAUAGGCUUACGUCCUAUAUCGAACGUGGUUGCCGCUUGUCACCGCGUCAACUCUCUGAUGCGUCUUCAGAUGAGGACGAAACGGUCAAUGGUGUAGCACACAACUUUGAAGCCCUUAAAUUUCCAGGACACAAAAAGAGCACCACUACAAGCACCUGCACCAGCACAGAUAAUCAAUGUGAACCCCUAAAUGGCUUAAUGAAUGGAAAUGGAAAUGGAUUAAAUCACACCUUUGACGAUGAGGAAAGCGGUGCUUGUGGUGAAUCAAGAAUAUCUGAUUGAGCUCAAUUGCUUUCA